AUGUAUAAAGUUUUGAACCCGCUGGAUGCAAUUUGCAAUCGACCAAGACGUGACGCCGUUUGCGUGAAUCAACUUAGGAACGCCAAGAAAGUCGACAGAGCGUUGUUGCAGGAACGUCCAGAUGUUAAGAUCUUCUUACCAUUCAGAUUCUUGGUCUAUCGUCCAGAGGAUCUGUUCAGACCGAACACUUAUAACAGAUUUUUGGCUGCCCCGGGUGGUGAUCACGUAUUGAGUUUGAUCGACGAAAUCUCCCACGUCUCUCCUCCAGCUCCUCUGGUUUCCCAAUUGGAAGACACUCCUCCAGAGCAAUUCUGUAAUGGUGACAACAGACCAGCCGAUUGCGGAAAGAACUGCAUGUGCACUCACAUGAUCGAUAUUCCAUUGAACGCCAUCGUCGAAGUAGUAUUAGUAGAUGAAGUACAAUCUCCGAAUUUGUCGCAUCCGUUCCACUUGCACGGAUACGCCUUCAACGUGAUCGGUAUUGGCCGGUCCCCUGAUCAGAACGUCAAGAAAAUCAACUUGAAGCAUGCCCUGGACUUGGACAGAAGAGGUCUCCUCAACAGGCAGUUCAACUUGCCACCAGCUAAGGACACCAUCGCCGUUCCUAACAACGGUUACGUGAUCUUCCGAUUCAGAGCCGACAAUCCCGGAUACUGGCUCUUCCAUUGCCAUUUCCUCAUGCACAUCCUCAUCGGAAUGAACCUGAUCGUCCACGUCGGAACUCAAGCCGAUCUUCCACCUGUUCCACCAAACUUCCCGACAUGCGGAAACCAUUUACCACCGAUCACUCCUCCACCACCGCUAACCAAUCAUUGA